CAGCAGCAGUGUGUGGCCAACACUGUGAGCAGGAGGCACAGGAGGCGGCAGACAGGAGUAGAGGUGCCCCAUGGGGAACAUACUGACCUGUUGUGUGUGCUGCGGGGCCAGCCCCGAGUCAGACCAGGACGAGGGGUCAGGGUGUCCUCCUGAGUCUGAAAUUUGUGAGGCAGCAGCUGAGGUCACGACGGCAGCAGCGCCCAUCGCUGCUCCUGUAGAGCCUGCCGAGUUGACUGUUGAAGCUGGUGAGGACCCUCAUGCGCACCAAAUCUGUGACGGGGAUAUGCCUAAAGUUAUGGCUUUGGAGUCUGACCCUUCUGAUCAUCCAGAAGCAAAGCAAUCUCAAGAUGAUAUGACGUUGGAGUCUGACCCUUCUGAUCAUCCAGAAGCAAAGCAAUCUCAAGAUGAUAUGAUGUUGGAGUCUGACCCUUCUGAUCAUCAAGAAGCAAAGCAAUCUCAAGAUGAUAUGACUUUGGAGUCUGACCCUUCUGAUCGUCCAGAAGCAAAGCAAUCUCAAGAAGGACUGCUAGGAGAGUUUCUGCCACACCCUUUUAAAAAGACAUCUUCAGACCUAACAAAUGAUAACAUCUAUUGUUAUGAAUGUUUUUCCUUUCACAGUGUGGCCUUGGAGAUAUAUUAUCAUAUCAAGACAAGAGAUGAAGACAGAACUUUGGACAUGUUUGACGAACGUGUAUACCCGUUCACAGUAUACAUAAAAAGACUUGUAAAGUAUGCUUAUUUCAGCAUUUGUCCAGCCAACUGGAAGAGGAUUAUCUUCGGAGCCAUUCUUCUUGUCCUCAGGGUUGUGUGCGAUGACGCUGUAUGCGAUGACGACUUCUGCAAGCUCUUUGAGAGCAUUACAGUUGAAGACAUGCACGAGUUGCUAAUGUACUUCGCAGAGCUAAUAAAUUAUAAUACCGACAUUUCUAUAAGCAUUUAUACUAGAUACUAUUUCCAACUUCGUGAACUGGCAUUCAGGCAUGGCCUGGGUUUGCCACAUUACCUUCUUGACAGAGAAAGAGCAUGGGAUCUGAAGGCUUUAUCAAGGAUGGAACAAGAUGAAGUGUUCUAUGCUGUUCACAAGAACUGGUCUUUCAGUGCUGAUGAUUUAAUUCGUCUUCGGCACGCUAAGGCCGUCCUCUCCUGA